CUUUUUUCUAAACAUUCAUCCUCUUCUUCCUCUCUGUUUUCCUCCUUUCAAUGGCGACUCUAAGCUUCAACACCACUCGUAUGCAAACACCUUCACUUCCAAGAAUCUCUAAAUCAUCUUCUUUCACUAAACCCAUCAAAACCCAUCUCUCCUCCUCCUCCAGAACCUUAUCCAAACGCACCUGCUUCAUCUCUCGAUCCUUACCCGAGACAAAAGAAGAGACUGUCAUCAACCAGGAGGAAGAAACUGAUGAUCCAACCUCAGAGCUGAGUUAUCUUGAUCCAGAGACCGAUGCAGAGAGCAUAAAAGAGUGGGAACUUGACUUCUGCUCGAGGCCUAUUCUUGACUCUAGAGGGAAGAAGAUAUGGGAGCUUGUGGUUUGCGAUGCUUCGCUUUCUCUUCAAGUCACCAAGUACUUCCCAAACAAUGUUAUCAACAGUAUUACACUCAAAGACGCUAUAGUUUCCAUUACACAAGACUUAGGUGUUCCUCUCCCUGAGAAGAUUCGUUUCUUCAGGUCACAGAUGCAAACCAUUAUCACAAAAGCUUGCAAAGAGCUUGCUAUUAAGGAAGUUCCUAGUAAACGGUGUUUGUCUCUAUUUCUAUGGUUACAAGAACGUUAUGACACUGUGUACACACGUCACCCAGGUUUCCAGAAAGGAUCAUUGCCUCUUCUAUCUUUAGACAAUCCUUUUCCAAUGAAUCUUCCUGAGAAUUUGUUUGGGGAGAAAUGGGCGUUUGUUCAGUUACCUUACUCAGCUGUUAGAGAAGAGAUCUCAGACUUUGAUGAGAAGUUUGUGUUUGGUGCAACCUUAGACUUGGAUUUACUCGGCAUUGACGUUGAUGACAACACACUGAUCCCUGGUCUCUCUGUUGCUUCUUCACGUGCAAAACCUCUAGCAGCUUGGAUGAAUGGUCUUGAGGUGUGUUCGAUCGAGGCAGAUAGUUCAAAAGGAUGUUUGAUUCUGGCCGUUGGGAUCUCGACGAGAUAUGUCUAUGCAACUUACAAGAAAACACCUGUUACUACUGAUGAAGCUGAGGCUUGGGAAUCUGCAAAGAAAGCAAGUGGAGGUUUGCAUUUUCUUGCAAUCCAAGAUGAUUUGGAUUCUGAUGAUUGUGUUGGCUUUUGGCUUCUUAUUGAUUUGCCACCACCUCCUGUUUAAUUUCACUUUUGAUAAAUUGGUAAUAACCUUGUUUUUUUUGCAAUUUAGUAACCAAAGUAAUCGUUACAUGAGUAUGCAAAAAGUAGUAUUAUGGACCUAGUGCGUAGAUGUGAGUUACAUACUUCUUUGAAGUAGUAUUUGAAAAUGUGUAAGCCAUCCAGGGCUACUUAUGGUGUUAUGCAAAAAGUGAAUGAUCGUCUGACCAAAUUAUUUAUUUGGAACUGUUUAACCUUACAAGAUAGAGAGCUCUUUCGUGCAAAAUGUGAAAAGGACACGAGAAAUAUACUCCAAAAACGAAGAAAGGCUGAAAAAGAUGCAUCUCGUUAUAAACUAAGUCCUAGGAAGAUGAAGGAGACCGUCCACGCAAAUAUCUCCAAGGUCCAGUUCCUGUUG